AUGAUAUUUUCAACCGUAGAACAUAUAUUAACUCAUAUUUCCUUUUCCAUCGUUUCAAUCAUAAUUACAAUGCGUUUGAUAAGCUUUUUUUUAGUAGAUGGGAUCGUACAACUAUAUGAUUCGUCUGAAAAGGGCAUGAUAGUUACUUUUUUAUGUCUAACAGGAUUAUUAGUUACGCGUUGGACUUAUUCGGGACAUUUCCCACUAAGCAAUUUAUAUGAAUCAUUAAUCUUCCUUUCGUGGAGUUUUUCCCUUAUUCAUAUAGUUCCGUAUUUCAAAAAAAAUAAAAAGUAUUUAAGCACAAUAACCGGUUCAAGUGUUGUUUUUACUCAAGGCUUUACUACUUCAGGUCUUUUAACUGAAAUAGACCAAUCUUCAAUAUUAGUGCCUGCUCUUCAAUCCGAAUGGUUAAUAAUGCACGUAACAAUGAUGAUAUUGGGCUAUGCGUCCCUUUUAUGUGGAUCAUUAUUGUCAAUAGCACUUCUAGUCAUUACAUUUAGAAAAAACAAAAAGAUUCUUUAUAGAAAUAAUCUUUUAUUAAAUGAGUCAUUUUUCUUUGUUGAAAUCGAAUAUAUGAAUGAAAGAAGUAAUCUUUUGCAAAAUACUUCUUUUUUUUCUGCUAAGAAUUAUUAUAGGUCUCAAUUGAUUCAACAAUUGGAUUAUUGGAGUUCCCGGGGCAUCAGUCUGGGGUUUAUAUUUUUAACCAUAGGUAUUCUGUCAGGAGCAGUAUGGGCUAACGAAGCGUGGGGAUCGUAUUGGAAUUGGGAUCCAAAGGAAACUUGGGCAUUUAUUACUUGGAUCAUAUUCGCGAUUUAUUUACAUACUCGAACAACUAGAAACCCGAAAUGUGCAAACUCAGCAAUUGUAGCGUCUAUAGGCUUUCUUAUAAUUUGGAUUUGCUAUUUUGGGGUCAAUCUAUUAGGAAUAGGGCUGCAUAGUUAUGGUUCAUUUACAUUACUAGCUAACUGA